AUGCUCUUAAGACAUCCCAUGGCUGCAAGUACGUUGCACGAUAUGAAAGAAGGCACUCAUUUCCUUCCAGUUAUCGAAGAUAAUUCCGUAUCGCCGACCGACGUCACUAAGGUGAUAUUCUGCUCUGGUAAACACUACUAUGCACUACAAAAAGAACGCGAGACACGAGCUCUGAAAGAUGUCGCGAUCAUUCGCGUUGAAUUGCUCUGUCCAUUCCCCGUUGAAGCGCUACGAAUCGCUCAGUGCAAAUUCCCAUCUGCAAAAUCAUACGUUUGGUCACAAGAAGAACCACGGAAUGCUGGUGCAUGGAGUUUUAUGCAAGCACGCUUCUUGAAUGCACUCGGUAUUGGGCUGAAGUAUUGCGGACGAGCCGAACUGGCGUGGACAGCAACCCCGAUCGCAUCGUUGCAUGAAGCUGAAUUGAAGAAAGUUAUUGCUGAUACAUUUGCUGAUUGA